AUGUCUCGACAAAAUUCGAUCAGGCUCAGUGUCACUGACGAUGUCAACCGCAUCGAAGCUCCAGUUACCUGGAAGGCAUACCUCAUGUGUGCUUUUGCCUCGUUCGGUGGCAUCUUCUUUGGCUACGACAGUGGUUACAUUAAUGGAGUGAACGGCUCCAAACUAUUCAUCCACAAGGUCGAAGGCCCUGACGCUACUGCAUUGAGCUCAUCACACCAAUCCCUUAUUGUAUCGAUCCUUUCAGCGGGCACAUUCUUUGGUGCCCUCAUUGCCGGUGAUCUCGCGGAUAUUAUUGGAAGGAAAUGGACUGUCAUUCUUGGAUGCUUCAUCUACCUCAUCGGUGUUAUUAUCCAGAUGAUUACUGGUGCUGGUGACGCCCUAGCAGCCAUUGUCACAGGUCGGUUGGUCGCUGGUAUUGGUGUCGGCUUCGAAAGCGCCAUUGUUAUCCUUUACAUGAGUGAGAUUUGUCCUCGCAAAGUUCGAGGAGCCCUUGUCGCCGGCUAUCAGUUCUGCAUUACUAUCGGUAUUAUGCUUGCAUCCAUCGUGGUCUAUGCUACUGAAAAUCGUAGCGACACUGGAUCUUACAGAAUUCCAAUCGCAAUUCAAUUCGCCUGGGCUAUCAUCUUGGCGGGUGGAUUGAUGACUUUGCCUGACUCUCCUCGGUUCUUCGUAAAGAAGGGGCGUCUCGAAGAUGCUACGAUCUCAUUGUCUAAACUCCGUGGUCAACCACGAGACUCUGAGUACAUUCAAGUUGAACUGUCAGAAAUCGUGGCCAACGAGGAGUACGAGCGCAACAUCAUCCCAGACAGUGGCUGGAUCUCGAGCUGGUACAACUGUUUCAGAGGAAGCCUUUGGGAAGCCAAGUCCAACUUGCGUCGAACCAUUCUGGGUACUUCCUUACAAAUGAUGCAACAAUGGACUGGUGUUAACUUCAUCUUCUAUUAUUCCACCCCUUUCUUGCAGUCGACUGGAGCCAUUGACAACACUUUUCUUAUCUCGCUCAUUUUCACCCUGGUCAACGUUUGCUCCACGCCCUUGUCGUUCUGGACAGUCGAGCGAUUCGGCCGUCGUACGAUUCUCUUCUGGGGUGCUCUCGGCAUGUUGAUCUGCCAGUUCUUGGUCGCCAUUAUCGGUGUCACCGUCGGCUUCAACCACACUCAUCCCGAUCCCAGCGAUCCCGAUGUCAGCCUCGCCAACAACAUCUCGGCAGUAAACGCCCAGAUUGCAUUCAUUGCAAUUUUCAUUUUCUUCUUCGCUUCGACUUGGGGCCCCGGCGCAUGGAUUGUCAUUGGAGAGAUCUUCCCACUGCCAAUUCGUUCUCGCGGUGUGGCCUUGUCAACGGCUUCCAACUGGCUCUGGAACACUAUCAUUGCCGUCAUCACCCCGUACAUGGUCGGCGAGCAACAUGGAAACCUCAAGUCUUCGGUCUUUUUCAUUUGGGGAGGUCUAUGUACCGCGGCAUUUGUGUACACUUAUUUCUUCGUCCCCGAGACCAAGGGUCUUACUCUUGAACAAGUCGACAAGAUGUUCGAAGAGACGACCCCUCGAACCUCUUCCAAGUGGAAGCCCACCAAGACAUUCGCAAGCCACGCUGCCAAGGACGGUGUUUUGGAGAAGGACAUUGUGGACAAGGUUGAGAGAAGAGGCUCGGCUUAUUAAG